AUGGCUCUGGUUUUCUCAGCUCUUUGUUAUGUAACCGCCCAAGCAGGAACCAGCGUUACUUUUAGUUUCCCACCCGACGAUGACUCCGUUGAUAGCCAUAUCAGGCUCUUCUAUGACGCCUACUUUCGGCCCUUUCAAGGAGGUGUCAAACUCACCACUACUAGAAACAACAAAACUUACAGCGCCGGUUGGGCGGUUUACGAUAGUUCGAUUCCAAUAUGGAGCGACACUUUAGGCGACGUUGUAAGUUUUACCACACACUUUCAAUUCAUCAUUAAACCAGAUGACAACGAGUUCGGCUCAGGAGGAGGGCUGGCUUUCUUUAUGGCGCCGGUGGGAUUCAAGGCCCCGGAGCUCUCCGCUGGAAAGUAUCUGGGUCUCUUCAACAAUAACACAGUGGGCAACCCUGCAAAUCAGCUACUUGCCGUAGAAUUCGACACAGAUCAAAAUUCCUUUGACCCCAACGACAACCAUGUGGGAAUCGAUGUCAACACAGUGGUUUCUGAGGCAAAUGCUACGGUGAUGGAUGGAAGUCUCAGAGACGGGAAAAUAUGGGACGCGUGGGUGGAUUACGACGGGAAAGCGAAGAAGCUUCAGCUAUUUUUGUCACAUAACAGCACGAAAUUAGCUGCUCCAAUUUUGUUGCAUGAUUUAGAUCUGGCGAAGUUUCUCCCUCAAAACGCCAUGGUUGGCUUCUCGGCUUCUACUUCGUUGGGAACAAACCGUCAUACCUUGCUCUCAUGGAAUUUAUCCUGUAAGGCCUCCUGGAAUGCUUCCUCCAUGCCUAUCCAGGGUCCAGGAAAUGAAAUCCCGGAAGUUGACAUCCAGGGUCCGGCAACCGGAGUCCAGGACAUAGAGUUCAAAGGAAAAGCCUCUAACAUUAUUCUGAUAGCAGUUAUCGUUCCAGGCUUGGCCUUAUGUCAAGGGCCAAGAAAGUUCACAUUCUCUGAGCUCAGCGCCGCCACGAAAGGCUUCAGAGAGGAAGAGAAGCUUGGGCGAGGAGGCUUCGGCUCUGUGUACAAAGGGGUUUUGCAGGAGUCGCGGGAGGUCGUGGCCGUGAAACAUAUAUCUGAAGCAUCGACACAGGGAAAGAAGGAAUAUGUUGCAGAGGUAAACAUAAUCAGCCGGCUCGGGCACCGCAAUCUGGUGCAGCUUUUAGGAUGGUGUCAUGAAAAGGGAAAGUUCGUUUUAGUCUAUGAGUUUAUGCCAAACGGAAGUCUGGACAAGCACAUUUUUGGGGAUUCCCCUGUUCUUUACUGGAACCUCAGAUACAACAUUGCGUGCGACAUAGCCUCAGCAAUUGUUUAUCUUCAUGAGGAUUGGGACCAAUGUAUUCUGCACAGAGACAUCAAGUCCAGCAAUGUGAUGUUAGAUUCCGAUUUCAAUGCAAAGCUAGGGGAUUUUGGGCUAGCGCGGCUUGUGAAGCGCGAUAUUGACGCAGCUUCCCACACCACGUUGGUUGCAGGGACAUUGGGAUACUUGGCACCUGAAUGUUUUGUGACAGGAAAGUCAAACCGUGAGUCCGAUGUCUUCAGCUUCGGAGUUGUUGCUCUGGAAAUAGCCUGUGGAAGGCGGGCUUUGGAUCAGAGGCUGCAAGAGAAUCAUAACAUGAGGCUCAUUGAUUGGGUGUGGUAUCUACACGCUGAGGGUAGAAUUUUGGAAGCAGCGGCCGAGAGCCUCCGAGACUCCAAGGCCAGGCCUGCAAUGAGGGAGGUAAUCAAGGUUUUGAGAUUGGAAGCGUCAUUGCCUUGUAUUCCACUUAGCAUGGCAGUAGCUUUGUAUUUGUCUGCCGAUCCCUUGCAACGCAGUGAUGAGUUAAGUUCCGCCACUUUGUAUAGAAGUUGUUUGGCGUCCAGCUCAGGCACACCCACGCUACCUUCAGAAGAGUACUCCAAAAUCACAGUUUUCUCCAGGAGAGGGAAAAGGCAGGUCGAUGGAGGCCCCGUGGCAGCCAACACCGGCGCCGCAGGCACCACCGCAGGUGCUACAGAUGGCACCACUGCGAGCGCCGAGCAAUUUACCGUUCUUCAAUCUCAGGAGCGUUUCCCGAAGACAUGGAUGCUAAUACCCCACCUUACCCAGGCAGAGCGAGAUCACAUUAGUAGAUGUGGUCUGUCUUCCCUUCUUGACAUGCCCCAGCCCCUGAUAAACCAGGGAUUACUGAUAGCUUUAGCAAAGCGCUGGCAUAGUGAACAUAACACAUUUCACUUGCCGACUGAAGAGAUGACGAUGACACCCGAGGAUGUCUACCAAAUUUUGCAGAUCCCUGUGAUGGGUGAUUUAGUAUAUUAUGAUCUCAGCGAGAGGGGUGGGACAGAGGCACUUUGCCGCGUGUUUGAGGAUGACAAGAUCGGCGGGUAUGAUAUUGCGUGGCAGGAGAUGUUAGAGCUAGGGUUUCCGAGGUUGACACGUCCGGAUGAGCCAGAGCCAGUUUUCGAUGAAGAUGAUGAGAGGCCACGAUGCAGAGCUCCUAGACGACAGAGGGAUGGUAGAGAUAGAGAUGAUAGCAGAGAUGGAGAUGGAUAUGGAGGAGAUGCAGGAGAUUAG